AUGGACGACUCUGACGACGAAGAAGAUCUCGGUUUCCUCAAAAAGCGAACGCGCUCUAGAAAACCUCGCCUAUUUGCAGGGUAUAACGACGACGACGACUCAGAAUCUGACACUCUGAUAGAGGAAUCAGAUGACGAAGACCGCUGGCGAUCUCAUCACAAGACCAAGAAGAACAAGACCAAGGACACCAUCGCAUCGGCAUAUCCACAGCAACUGGACAACAAGAAGCAGGAAGAAGUCGAACAGCUCAUCACACAGCUCCACGGUAUGUCUCUGAACGACCCAACUUAUGCGGCUCUAUACUACAGAGCGAAGAAGAUCGACCCUGACAUUGUCGGAGUCGUAUCGGCCCCCUCAACUAUGGUACAAUCGACGCCUCAAGUUAUGAACAGGAACUACAACUCGAAUCCACCUAUGCCGACUCAAGUUCAAGCACAGCCACCACCACCACCGCCGCCACAGCCUCAACCACAGCGACAGUAUCAACAGCAAUCACCCUCGACAUUCCCCAACAGUUUUAGGGCGAAUCAAUUCAUGUGUUACGGAUGCGGACAGGCAGGGCACAGGAUAGCAGUCUGUCCUGAGCUCAAGCCCUACCGUGAUCAGCACUACAUCAAGACAGUUGACGGACGACUCGUGCAAGCUAACGGCGAACCCAUACCUAGGAAUCCAGGCGAACCUAUGAUCAAAACUAUCGAGCGGAUGUUCCCAAGGUCAAAUAUCACUGUGGUUCCAGAAGAACUCGACCAGAUCUGGAUGAACAAUGAACAAGAACAAGACGACGACGACGAUGAAGUCACUGUCUAUAUGGCACGUGAUGGAUUGCGUAGCGGUACCAGACCCAAGGACGGCUCAAAAGCGAAUCGGAUCCCAGCGCACGACACCUCCUUCCCUAAAAUGACCAACAAAGGAUGGGUAGGCAAGCAGCGAAAUCCUCCCAAGCCCGCGGACACCCAGCCUCAACACACCCCAGUCGACGUCUUUGACAAGGCAUUCAACUCGGACGACUCGGACGUCAUUAUGGAAGACCCUCAACUCGCGCCUGUCACUAUACUCAAACGACCUUCACCUACCACUCAGGAGAAGGACCGCGAAGCUCAGAAGUCUGGCAAACUGACAUCUUUAAAUUCUGAACAGGUCGACCACGACGCCAUCUACAAUCGGUUCCUCAACGCCAAGGUUGAACUUACUCAACAGGAAAUCUGCGCUAUCUCUCCAGAGAUUUCUAGGCGAGUUGUCAUGGAUAACAAGCCUACCAGGUCUCAACUCAAGGAAAACAAGGAGCAAGAACCUACCGGACCUACCGUUGCAAGAAUUAUUGGCGACAAUGCACCAGCACCGAAGCUUCCAUCGCGUAUCACAGAAGUUCGCCAGAGUCUCAUCAAGAUCAAUGCUGAAAUCAAUGGCAACACUAUACCUGCGGUCAUCGACACCGGCUCUAUGAUCAACAUUGUGCACAAGACCAUCUGGGAACAAUACAUCAAACGACCUCUCGACAGAUCUGUUACCUUCCCGGUAAAAGAUGUCAAUGGCGGAACAGGACGACUAAUUGGCCUAGUUGGAGAAGUACCUAUCGACUGCGGAAGAGCAAGGACGAUCGCCCAAUUAUGGGUAUCGGAUUCUAUUGACUUCCCUCUUUUGCUAGGGCGACCUUGGACAUCCUCAAAUUCGGUCGAUAUUAUCGAACGGGACGGCACCUACCUCAUAUUCAACUACCCGGAACACAACGUGCAACUCGAACUCAAGGUCAGUACGGACUCGGACGACAAUACUAAUAUUUCACAGACCAUGGGCCUUACUACGGACAACGGACUUAGCGAAAAUCGUGAACGCGCCGGGCCGGAACGUCACCGGUGGCGUGAGAAGCCGCCGCAAGACGCGCCUCACGUGCUCGCCACGCAACUACCAGUCAUGGAGGAAUGCGACUCUCGAUCUUAUCUCUCAGCAACACCGCCACCCCGACGCCCGACGACCGACACCGACACCGACAAUCUUUUGGACGACAUCGCCGCUCCUUCGAACUCGCAACUCGCCUGCGCCCAGUCAAGAGGCGACUCUACGGACCUCGACCACGACGAAUGCCAACGCAUUCAAGCGUACAUUGACGCGGCCAUCCGGUCGGGUCAAGGUACGCCUCAUGCUCGUUCGGAUUCUCCGGAUCUGACCGCCGUUACUAACCAUCAUCAGUUCCUUCUAAAUCUAGGAAACCCUUAUCACGCCCGCCUCUUCACUCGACCACUGCGCGGCGGGGAAUGGACGCCCCUCGAAGACUCGAUCGCCCAUCUCCCAACGGGGAUGCGCAGGCUACUUGGUACGUACGGCACCUUCGAAGUAACGCUCACCACCUCAGACAAUAGGCGGACGCGCGUCCUCGUCACCUUGGCGCACCCUCGAACGGCUCCCGAACACACGCCCUCGCCGGAUUUGGCCCGACUCCAUCAAGAACCCACCGAUAUAGAUCACCGGCACGACCUCGACUCGCCUCAUGAAGCCUCUUUGGGCCGGAACGACUCACACGAACGCCUUCAAACACCCAGCCCAUCCGACAACAACAAUCCGCUCCAUCGCUCGUCUUCCCCUCUCGAUCUCCCCCAUGCUUACCGCGGCAGAAUCGUCGAACUCGACGAUGCCGGUGAGUACAUCGGCAGCACUCAAACGUUAUCCGACUCGAGCAUCUCUAGGCACCCGGCGCGUCCAUUGCUCCCUAGGACAAUAGCUGGCCGAUCGCCGCCAGCGGACGCCUCGAUUCUCGAACCGACGGUCUCUACCACCACCAGCGACACCAGCGAGCUCCCACUAGCCGAAGCCGACCAUGAACACUACCCCGACUCGCGAACCGAAGAGACGCCCGCUACGCCUAGGUCUCGGCUUAGCGAGCGCGGACGAUCAUCGCCGGUACGUACCGUUGCAGCAUCUUCAAGGACAUCGGUGAUUUACGAUGUCUCCUUGAAGAUUCAGUCGUUAGGUACGUGCCGGGCGAAAAUACGGAGCCGCUCGCAGCGAGACCGAUGGGUAGAAACCCCGAACCUCGUACGCUCGACUCAAGACCCCGGACGACUCAUCGAACACCUCAACGCAGCCGCCCUGUUUCGAGAAGAGAUACACCCGCCCGACGGAUCGAACGCGGUACUAUACAUCAUCAUCGCGCCCUCUCCCUACGCUAACGAACACGACGACUCUUCAGCCGACGGUAGCGGAACAAAUACACCGAAUCGGCGACAGGACGUACCUCCCGAAGAUCCCCGCAGAUGGCCGCCGUCCUUUCGACGCUCCGACCAGAUGCCGCACUCCCCUUGCGAGCGGGACACGGGGUUACCACCAGACGAGCCUAGCAAGGAUAUCAGAAGCACGAAGGGCAUGACGACGAGGUAUACCCGGUACCCCAUCUCAUGUUCUCUGCAGGCUAAUCCGAGCGGCGUCCCUUUUCUGCAGCCUGUUCGGUACCGCUCUGCCGAGAUUGGAAGCCGUCUGUUCGCGACACGACUAAACAGGGACGAGGCGUCGACAUCGCGAAACCUCGCGCCCCACCCAGACAAUACCGCGGACGACUCCCGAAGGCAAGAUACCCACUUCGACUCCCGAGCCAGGGCGCUGCGCAGGACGAUCGGUGAGUUCGCUCCAUGCCAUCUGAACCAGUCGGCGCGAGGCAAGGCUUACCCAGACGCAAUCCAGGCAUACUCCGACUCUCGACGAGAAAGGACGGCCCCACUCGAAGGCAAGGCUAUGGAACCGCCGCUCGUCAAACCCGCUAUGCAAUCCAACGGUCUUCUUCGGCAACCCAUACGACUCUCGCACGGAACCAUCGGUCCAGGCUCUCGCAAUGAGCAUAAAAGCUCAGGUGAGCGUUUGGACAAGCAAGUCCCCAGAAACAUUCGCUUACCCUUCGCAAGUCUCUCAAACUGCACGCCUCACUCGAAUCCGCCCCCUAUGUCUCAUGCGCAACCCAAGAUUUCGACGACGAACCUCACGCUCGAUGCGUACCCAUCUCCGCCUCAAGAAACGACUUCUCCACUGGAUUCUUCGCCCUCGACGACUCUCUCGCAACGGCCCACACCCGGCUCCAACGCGACAGUCAACGGACCGCUCGAUAUAGGACUCAAGAACGAUAUGAUGUACGCUACUCGUACCCCCCUCUCUGAUGCUGAACUUACAGAAAUUCUUCGGUUCGGCAGAGAGGAGGGCGGCUGGACUCGCCUUCCGGACCCGACUUCCCCUUCGCCGGCGACGAUCUAUGCUCCGCAGCCCCGCCCUGCUACAAACCCCGACACCUCGUCGAAUACGCUACACGCCAACUCUAUACAAUUCCCGAGCACACCGCACCCACUCACCGGACGCGUCCUCGACGACGAAGACUAUCGGCCCAUCGUCGCGGAGGCCGAAGGAACAAGCGAAGAUGUCGACUUCCCUGGGUACUAUCGGGCAGCCGGUUGUCUGAUCCCUCUCGGCGACCCUCUAUUCAGCGAGAAUCAAUUCAAAGCUCCGAUUCGCGCCGAAUCUCCCCCGUUCUACCCAAACUCGAUCCAUCUCCUGAUGGCCUCCGACCGCUCGUACUUCAAGACUCUCUCGGCGCCUACGACCCCGGAACCCGCUACGCCGAACGACCCUCACUCGUGCACCUAUGUCAUCAAGCUGGUCCCUCGCGACGACCCUCGACUUAACGGCCAUCCGUUCAAGCCGAGCCGACUUCCCGGCCCUGGCGAACCCGUUGCGCCGCACUGGGUCAACGAAGAGACCCCGCUGCUGUACAUCAGCGAAGGCCUAUUUCAGAUUUUAUCGGUCGGCUUUGCGCUUCGCCCGUUCCGCGAUAGCGUAAGUCGAUUCUUUCUUCAAUUACCGACGGCCUCUAACUACAAGAACUCACAGGGCACCCUCGAAUAUCGCAAGAACUUCGACGAAGCGGUGGACCGUCUCCGAGAAGAUGGUAUCGACCCUUACCCUGAGCUCUUAGGGUAUUAUCGCGAGGACGGCUACGCCAUCCCUAUCGGCCAACCGCCCUCGAGCGACCACCGAGUCAAGCUGCCGAUCCGAGCCACAUCUCCUCCAGGAUUCCCUCGCUCUAUCCACGACCUCGCCAUCGCGGCCCCUCUGGUUUUCCGACCGCUAUCCGCACCUUCGACACCUCGACCCCCUGAAAGCCAGUACCACGUCUCGAGGACGUACGUCCUCGAACUGGUACCGCACGGCGACCUCCGGCUCUGUGGCCGCAUGCUCCGAAGCAGCCGGCAGCCUCUGCAUGGAGAAAACAUCUCACCUCACCACACCAACGACUCGACGCCCCGCAUGUACUUUGUUGAGGACGACUUCAACAUUCUCGUCGGCAUGACGAGAGAAGCGCAAUCCGAGGCUUCUAGCAUCGACUCACCGACGAAUGGCUCUCUUCCGACAAUGCAAGUACAGGACGAGGAGCUCCAACAAGCUCUGCUCAACGGCGAGUUCCCCGCCCUGCCCGACGAAUACUACGCCGCCGCUGGAUACGCAAUUCCCGUCGGGGAACCGCCCGACAGCCCCCUUCGAGUUAAAGUCCCUAUUCGCGCCGCCUCACCCCCCGGUCUCCCCGGCUCAAUCCACGACCUCUCAAAGCAGAUGCCGCGUAUCUACCGCCCGCUAUCUGCGCCGACGACACCCGAUCCACCCGCACGCGACUAUCCGACAUCAUGCAUGUACACUCUCGAACCCGUUGACGACCGCGACCCUAGACUCGCCGGGAAACAUCUCCGGGCUCUGUACCCCGAAUCGGACGGCUCAACUCCCGUGUCGCACUCGGUCACCGACGAUAUGCACCGCCUACUUUUCAGCCACGGACUGUUCCAACUGCUGGCGCGGGUCUCGCAUCAGGCCCUCUGCAACCAAGCCCGCGAACAGGAGCUCGCAGAAAUGCAAGCCCGACGGCACCAUCUCGACGCGCCCGAUGUCGACAUGGACGACUCCGACCUUCAGGGUCCCUUGCGCGCCAACGCUCUCGUUCUAUCGCCCCCGGCCCCACCUCACUUAUCGCAUUCCGAUCCGCUAGCGACACCUCAACACGCACCUCUAGCCGGAAACAAGCUCUCACAACGCCUCGACCGACUCAGGAUCGCGGAAGGACCCGCAGCUGAAGACCGCCCGCCCACACCUCGACCACCGAUGGAAGGAAUCGAAAUAAGUGUAGAGCAUCGGCUCCGAUUCCCGCCCACGAACGCCAUCCUCAACGACCCCGGCAUGCCAUACUAUCGCACCGACGGAUACUUGAUUCCCAUCGGCGAGUCCCCGACCAGCGCCAACAGGAUCAAAAUCCCGAUGCGACUUCAAACGCCUCCGGGGUACCGCGGCACCGUCCACGCGCUUUCACAGGUCGAUCCGUCCCUCUUCCGCCCGAUGUCAGCGCCUCCGACUCCCGAACCAGCACCCGAAGACUAUCCAACCUCGCAACGCUACCAUCUCUUUCUCGAUGCACCCCGGGACCCGGCCGAACGCCAAUCUCCAUUCUCCAUCGAAAGCUCUCUAGUACCUCCUCAAGACGAUCGCCCCUCGACGCGAAUGCUACGGGACUCGGACCCAUACCUCUGGUUCGACGAGGCCCUUUUCGACUACCUCCAUAUCACUUACCCCCUCGCCGACGGAUGGAGCAACAACAUCAACGAUCCAGCGACGUGUCUCCCCGGCCCCGAAGGAGGCGACGCGCCCGAGUUGCCCACCGUCGACGAAGAGACGCACCUCGCCGAAUACGACCGCCUCACCAUCAACUACCCGGUCUCCACCGAGCGCACAACGGUGACGCCGCCCCCGUCUAUCUGGCGCAAUGAGAACGAUCCGAGCAGCGGCCCCGUACCGGCCUUCUCGCGCUCGGACACGACGACACCCGCGAGCGAGGAACGUCCUCGAACCCCCGCCGGCCGUGGACGUAGCAUGUUCCGGGUCAUGUAUGACCGGAUAUGCGAGCUCACCGAAGCUACUCAGUUCACCGUGGCCGCGAUCGCCACACUCCUCUCAAGCCACGCCUCAUUCUAUCGAACCGCCCGCACUCAGCACGAAGCCAUGCAAGCGGCUCUCUCGCAAGUUCUCGAGCAGGUCGCUGCCACGUCCGACGCCGUCGCCGAAUACGCUACCGACCACCGCAACUUCGUGGAUCGACUCACCGGCGAUAUACUCGAUCUUCAGCUCGACAUCAACGCUAUCCGCACCAAUGUCGAGGCUUGGAAUUGGACGCCGGAGGACGGCGACGAAGUUGACGUCGACCAUAUCCUCCGUUCCUCAUCAAGCUCCAGUUCGGACAUCGACAUAUCCGCCGCCGACUACAACGACCUUCAGCCGUGA